UUAAGAUGUUACAAAUGUGAUACCGAAUCUUCAUGUCAAUCACCUGAGCAGAAGACGUGUGACGAUGACUUUGACGCAUGUGUACUAAAGACAACAUGGAAAGGUGAUUUAUACAGAGAAAUGGCGAUGUAUCGUUACUGCGGCUACGCUUCGGAAUGCCCACGGACAUCCACAGACAGGACACCUAGCUGCAACCAAACAGAGGACACACUUACCUGUACAAUGUGCUGUCAAGAUGCGGACUUCUGCAACAAUGGUGGAGAAGGAAAGAUACUUCGACCGCCACCAUACCCACCCGUACCCACGCCAUUGGUGAAACGAUUAGCGGAAAACGUGUGCACCCCCGAGGGCGAGUCGCCCACGUGCGCGACGUCUAUGUCGUGGACAGAAGAGAGCACGGUCGUCAAUGUACUGGCCGUAUGCGGAGAGCCCGCCACCAACGAUGUACCAUACACACUAACAAGUAGUGACAAUGCUUGUACGAACAAUAACGAAGAUGAUACUGGAUUCUGCGUUACAUGCUGUACUGACGGAAAAUGCUCAGGCUCUACGUCAACUAGCCAAUCAGCGAUACCUUUACUCAUUCUCGCCUGCUCAUUGGUCAGAUGGCUCUUUAUAUCAUGACACCAUUGUGACGUACUUGUAAUAUUUAAUGACAAAACUCAUGCGGAACCACCGAUAUUUUCAACGCUUUCUUAUAACUGAUGUUUCAUAUCGAUAUAGCAGUCUCUUUUUUAUUCUUCAUCAAAGGACUUGCUCCAAGCAUUGUUACGCCGUUGACAAACUGAAUGGAAGAGAAAAAGUUUGUCAAAUACAGGUUUUGGUGAUCUUUUGGAAUUCGUCAAAUUUAGCUUUAACUCGCAUAUCAAAUAUCAUUCUUUGGAGGAGCCAGGAUGCAGGCCUACUUGACAAAUAUUGUUUUUAAAAAUGUAUAAAUCUAUGAAUAUGAUAGAUCUUAAGGGAAUAUUCGUGAAAUAUACAUUCGGAACUGUAGGUGUGCCCAGAUAUAUAUCCUUCUUGAUUCUUAAGACGGAGUGCAUCUGUCGCAAACGCGUGGAACUAAAGGCUCGGUCACACCGCCCGAAUUUUGUUGGAGCGUUCCUUGAACGGUAGGGAGAGGGGCCGAAUUUCAACAACGCUCGUCACCGCGCAGAAAAUGUGGGAAAAAUCGAAAACACGGGCGUUGCCUGAGCAGGUGCACCACUGAAGCGGGCAAACCAUAGUUCAUCACCGCAAUGGAUCGCUGCUUGAACGACCGACACCAUUCUAGCAAUCCCGUGUCCGCUCGUAAAACGCUUACAACCGCUCCACCAAAGUUUGUGCAUCGUUUAAUUACCGCCCGGGCAAAGCAGCGGUGGUCCAGCGUUCAAGAUUUGUGCGUUGGUCUAGCGAACCCAAGCGUCCACGAACUUGCGUCUAGCGGCGCCAAACUUUGACUGGGCGUUGUUGGAGCGGUGGUGAACUUUGCCAGAGCGGAAAACUGCCCGCUCCUUACCGCUCGCAAUGUUUCGUGCAGCUCAAAACUUUCGGAGCGACCCUCAGCAGUGGCGGAGCGUAUACGGCGUUGCCUUAAUUAUUAACGCGGGCGAACUUCUGUUAAACGGUGGUAAUGAUUUUUUUUUCACCGCUCCAGGAACGCUCCAGCAAAGUUCUGGUGGUGUGACCAGGCCUUUUUCGUCGUUGAAUGCAGCUUGACUCUUAAUUUGUUAAUUAUUGAUUUUAUAGCAAGUACUGUGCAGUAUAAACACUGGGUUUUUUUUCGAGUGUAUUCGUGCUGAUAAAAGGAGGGUAAGGUAUCGACAAAUAUGAUGAUGCAGUUGACUUGAUGAUUAUGACGGUGAUGGUGGUGAAGACAAUAUGAUGAUGACGAGGAUGACUAUGAUGAUGAUGAUGAUGAUGAUUUUGGCGGUUGUGGUAAAGGUGAUAGUGUUGGAGGUGGUGAUGUUGAUGGUGGUGAUGAUAAUUUCGCUGGUAAUAGUGAUGAUGACGAUGAUGAUGGUGGUGAUGAUGAUGAUGAUGAUGAUGAAGAUGAUGAAGAUUAUGCCGAUGAUGACGGUGAUCUUGAUGAUAUUAAUAGAGUAAGAAAGAUUUUUUUUAGAUGUUUGGCGAUGACCGUGACAUCGCAGAAGUGUAUAGUAGGGAAAAUAUUAUGCUGCCAGUCUUUACGUUGUAUGGCUGAAUUAGAUAGAAAUUUAUAGUAUAAAUAAAUAUGCAAAUAAGAAAGUGUUGUUUGAAGAAUAUGUUCGACUUCCUAUGAAUUAAAUGCUAUCCUCUGUAUUAACGCAGUGAUGAAAAUGGUUUAAUGUAAAACAAUAAUAAUUUGUACGAUGUUUAGUGUUAAUUGAAACGCAGUAAAGAAAAAUAACCCCAUUUUAAUCUGGGAUGAUGUAUAGGUGUAUGAUAUAUUCAUAUAUGUAUAUUGGUCAAAAAUUGCUGUUACCUACCGAUAAUUAAAAUCACUGUGCUAUUUCUAUAUGCUUAUAAAUUUUUACGCCAACCCUAUUUUCUCGUUAUCGCGGCAUUAUGUGAAAACAUUUCGCCCUAAGCAGUAUCAGUUUUUAUAUAUGAAAUGACAACGGAGAACAGAGCAAUAAUACGUUUUGUAUAAAUUUCAAUUAUAGACAAGGGAAUAAAACAGAAUAUAAUCAAACUAGUACAAUAAGAUAUGCCCGGGACUCUGUGGAUUUGCAAAUGUAAAUUUAUUAAGCAGUAAGUUUUUAUAAACAAGUGGAAUGCCUCUGGCCGUCUCACCUGCAUCACGCGAUUCAAUAUAGCAGCAGUGCUGAUUUUGAAAACUACUAUAACUCGCACAAGAUGUUCAGUGAUACUUGGUUACUCUUAUUUCCACGUUUUAUGAACUAGACCAAUACACUUAUAGAGAUAUGAUGGCAAUUCAACAAAUACCCCCAACAUGGCCAAAGUUCUUUGACCUUACAUGACCUUUGACCUUGAUCAUGUGACCUGAAACUCGCACAGGAUGUUCAGUGAUACUUGAUUACUAUUAUGUCCAAGUUUUAUGAACUAGACCAACACACUUUCAAAUUUAUGGCUGUAAUUCAACAAAUACCCCAAUUUGGCCAAAGUUCAUUGACCCUAAAUGACCUUUGACCUUGAUCAUGUGACCUGAAACUUGCACAGGAUGUUCAGUAAUACUUGAUUACUAUUAUGUCCAAGUUUCAUGAAUCAGAUCCAUAAACUUUCAAAGUUAUGAUGGUAAUUCAACAGAUACCCCCAAUUCGGCCAAAGUUCAUUGACCCUAAAUGACCUUUGACCUUGGUCAUGUGACGUGAAACUCAUGCAGGAUGUUCAGUGAUACUUGAUUAACCUUAUGUAUAAGUUUCAUGAACUAGGUCCAUAUAUUUUCUAAGUUAUGAUGACAUUUCAAAAACUUAACCUUAGGUUAAGAUUUUGAUGUUGAUUCCCCCAACAUGGUCUAAGUUCAUUGACCCUAAAUGACCUUUGACCUUGGUCAUGUGACAUGAAACUCAGGCAGGAUGUUCAGUAAUACUUGAUUAACCUUAUGGCCAAGUUUCAUGAACUAGGUCCAUAUACUUUCUAAGUUAUGCUGUCAUUUCAAAAACUUAACCUCAGGUUAAGAUUUGGUGUUGACGCCGCCGCCGCCGUCGCCGCCGCCGUCGCCGUCGCCGCCGCCGUCGCCGUCGCCGCCGCCGCCGCCGCCGCCGUCGGAAAAGCGGCGCCUAUAGUCUCACUCUGCUAUGCAGGUGAGACAAAAACGGCUUGUGUUUUAUCAUUGUAUCUUUUUCAAUGAUUACUUCAGACAACAUCUUCAUCAUUUGUAUGGUCGAUCGAUUGCACAGGGAGUGUUUGUUUCACAUGUUCUAGGUUAGUAAUGAAUUAGAGGAUUAGAUAUCAUAUAACCAUUGUAUAUAAACAGAAUAUUUAUACCUACGACUUUGUAUAUAAUUUUUAUACUGGUGAUAAAAUCAUGAAUAUUUAUGGAUAAACAUGAUAUAGAUCGUGAUGUAUUAAAAAGGCAUGUAUUACUUUGAAAUUUUGCUACAAGAAUAGAAUAAAUACAAUAACCAA